ACCAGCGCUUGCGUACGUCGCCACGAUUGGCUGACGCUGAUACUCCCCUCCUAGCCUUGGAGUUAACUGUCAUGUUUUGCUGCAGUGUGGAAGCGGCACACACAGACGACUCUCACACACACAAACACGGAGGCUGUCACAAAACACAACAACUAUGGCGGCUCACGUCAGCAUGUGCCGCCGCGUGUUUGACUUUAACACUUUAACACACGUCCGAAAAGUCUCGCAGUGCGUCAGCGGCAACGCUCAGCGUCUGUAUUCAAGUGCCACGCAAAAGGAAAACGAGCUUGAACUUGGAGAGUCCACUUUAUCUGCUGGCAACUUCACCGCAUCUCUGAAAACCGGGUCGAGAGAGGAGAGGCUGAGAGACGACAGCACGCUGCCCUUUUCGGCGUUCUUGACCGACAACUUUGGCCGGAGGCACAGCUACCUUCGCAUCUCCCUGACUGAGAAAUGCAACCUGCGCUGUCAGUACUGCAUGCCAGAGGAAGGGGUGAAGCUCACGCCACGCGGCCAGCUGCUGUCCACCUCCGAGGUACUGACCCUGGCUCGCCUUUUCGUCCAGGAAGGGGUGGAGAAAAUCCGGCUCACUGGAGGAGAGCCCCUCAUCAGACCUGAUGUCCUGGAUAUCAUCUCAGAGCUGAGGAAGCUGGAGGGCCUGAAAACCAUCGCAGUGACAACCAACGGCAUGAACUUGGCCAGACUUCUGCCUAGGUUGAAAGAUGCUGGCCUCGACCUGAUAAACAUAAGCCUGGAUUCACUGGUCCCUGCCAAAUUUGAGUUCAUUGUCAGGCGGAAAGGGUUCCACAAGGUCAUGGAGGGCAUCGAUAAGGCAGUCGAAAUGGGCUACAACCCUGUCAAGGUUAACUGUGUUAUCAUGCGAGGCCUUAAUGAGGAUGAGCUGCUCGAUUUUGUGGCACUGACGGAGAAAAAGCCUCUGGAGGUGCGCUUUAUCGAAUACAUGCCCUUCGAUGGCAACAAGUGGAACUUUAAGAAGAUGGUGAGUUACCAGGAGAUGCUGGACCGCAUUAGGCAGCGGUGGCCCGACCUGGAGAUGCUUCAAACUGGACACACAGACACCGCCAAGACAUUUAAGGUGCCCGGCUUCAAAGGUCAGGUGGGCUUCAUCACUUCCAUGUCUGAACAUUUCUGUGGCUCCUGCAACCGCUUGCGCAUCACUGCAGAUGGCAGCCUGAAGGUGUGUUUGUUCGGGAACUCUGAGGUGUCCCUGAGAGAUGUGUUGCGCUCGGGUGCAUCACAUGAAGAGCUGCUGCAAAUCAUCGGAGCUGCUGUAGGCAGGAAGAAGAAACAACACGCAGGUAGAUUCGAUGUGUACACUUUGUAUACAACACAUCAUUUUGAUCAGGCCGAGUCAGAUAUCAACGGUGAAGCCCAGCUAACGCACACAGAUGCCCAGGGUCGAGCCACAAUGGUGGACGUUGGAGGGAAAGUUCCCACACGUCGCACAGCCACAGCCUGCGCCACAGUCAUCUUGGGCCCCGCUGCCUUCCGGCUGCUUCGGGAUAACCAGCUGGCUAAGGGUGACGCCUUGGCAGUGGCGCAGUUGGCUGGUAUCAUGGCUUCCAAGCAGACCUCAGCCCUCAUCCCGCUCUGCCACCCGCUGCCCUUAGACCACGCCUCUGUCACCUUUGACCUCAAUGAGCUGCAGAAUGCUGUGGUCAUCACGGCAACGUGCCGCACUACGGGCAGGACAGGAGUUGAGAUGGAAGCUUUGACAGCUGUCUCUGUCGCAGCGCUGACUGUCUAUGACAUGUGCAAGGCAGUGAGCCAUGACAUCAUCAUCACAGAUGUUAAACUGAUCAGUAAGACGGGCGGGAAGAGAGACUUUCAUCGCCAUCCUUGACCUCCUCCCACACCAAUGAAUCCAUCGCUGGAAUACAGAGUGUCAUUUUUUUUUUUUUUUUUUUCAAUUUUUGCUUACAGUGUCACUUAUCCCACACAAUAUGAAUCAAGUUAUCGGUCUUAAAGGUCCAGUGUGUAGGAUUUAGUGGCAGUAGUGAAGUUGCCGAUUGCAA